CUCGCCCAACACGCGUCAAGCAAGAAAACAUGGCAGCUGCUAGCAACCCAGACGACUUUUCGGCGUCUAUCGCGCGUAUUUUGAAUGAAAAACACUGCCGCGAACACUUGGAUGCUCUCCAAACGUUUACGGCCGCGUUACGGGACCAUACAUACAGGGAUGUUGUGGACAGAGAGUGUUUCUCCACUCUUCUGAAGCUCAUAUCCCGACUAAGCGACGAGCUCAAAGCUGCCAGCGGCGCCCAUCAGGACCUGAAAUCCACCGCUUUGCACCUGCAGCUCGCCGCCGAGUGCUUCCGGGCUUUGAGGAACUCCUGCGUGCAAAGUGCUCGCAACCAGAGCCUCGUCAGGGAACUUGGUUUUGUUGAUGUUUCCAUUCAACUCCUGAGAUUCCUUCACGCAAAUUCAAAGAGCGGGCUUGGCAUUUUUGAGUCUCUGCGUUGUGCGAUCCAGUUUCUUGGCAAUCUAUCCGUGGGGAACCAAAAGUGCAAAGAUGACAUUUGGCGGCUGAGUUUUCCAGGACUGCUCUUGCAGCUGCUCAACGUGGACGACGAGAAGACGGUGAGCUACGCCUCCAUGGUGCUCCACACGUGCUUGGAUGAAAACAAGGUGGAAGAAGUGGCCGAGCUGCAGAACAUCCAGCUGGCGCUCAGGGUGAUGGCGCUCUGCCAAACCCAGCCCGAGCUGGACUGGACGGUCCUCAUUGCAACUCAGCAUUUUCUCAAGUCUUCAGCUCUGGUUGAAAACAUGUACUUUGCAAUGUCUCCCUCUGAAAGGCUGACCCUCUUAGAGCUGAUCUCUGCCCAGCUCAGUGGCGGCGAGUCGCUGGAUAGCGGCAUCCCGCCCGGCGUGGCCCGUUUCCUCGCCUCCUCCUUCCAGAAAGGUUGCGGAGCCGUGCUGAGCCUCGCCACCGGCUCUGCCUCCAGUGAUGAGGUUCUGCAGGAGGCGCUGACGGUGAUCAGUCUGCUGGACGUGCUGUGUGAAAUGACAUCACACCAAGGGCAGUUCAUGUUCCUCCAGGACCAUCCGGACCUCCUGGUGACCACCGUAGAGCUCCUGAAACAGGUUCACACCAUCGGAAAGAGCAGUGAGAACAUCUUCAGCUCGGCUCAGAAUUUUGACUCCCUCGUCGACGCAGAGACGGACCCGUCCGGCCAGUCGCCCGUCGUUAGCUUCAAGGCUCACCUCAUCAGGCUUGUGGCAAACUUGUGCUAUACGCACGCCAACAACCAGAACAAGGUGAGAGAACUGGAAGGCAUCCCCCUCAUUCUGGACAACUGCAGAAUCGACAGCAACAACCCAUUCAUCAGCCAAUGGUCAAUUUUGGCCAUUCGGAACCUCUUCGAUCACAACCUGAAGAACCAGGAGCUGCUUGCCUCUCUGGAGCGCCGCGGCGACGCCGACUACUCUGCACUCAGGGACUUGGGCUUUCGUGUGGAGGAGCGGGACGGCAGCUUGUUGCUCAGACCCACCAAGAAGGAUGCGUGAGGUUCUCAAGGGUGGGGCACAGGUUUGAAAAUUGUGGGAAAGCGAAGUUUAGGGUCAAGGAGCUUUUCGUGAUAUUUUUGAAACCCACAAAAACGGCUAAGCUACGUUCAGAGUUUAUCUGGCUGAUAGCCGGUCAAAUGUGAAUUAAGCAUCAUGUCGCUUAUGCUUUAAGUCGAGAAGACAAUCAAGCAACGACAAUACAGAGAGUCGUUUUGGAACAAUUAAAAAA